AUGAGCGCAGACCCAAAGCUGCAGCUGCGCAGUGCUGCCUGCAAGCCGGUCGCCAUGGCAACGAGCUUUCCCUCAUCCUACUGUGAACAGAAAAUGGUUGUUGGAAGGAAGAGCUCAACAUUGCAGUUUGGAACAAAAAAUCAUAAGUCUUCUCAAGGGUCAGAAACAUUUAAGGAAGAGGUCACCCAGAUCUUCCAGGGGACCCUGUACUUACUGAUAGGAAUUUCUCUGCAAGUGGAUAUUGUUCCUAGCCAAGGGGAAAUCAGCGUUGGAGAGUCCAAAUUCUUCUUGUGCCAAGUGGCAGGAGAUGCCAAAGACAAGGACAUCUCCUGGUUCUCUCCCAACGGAGAAAAGCUCAGCCCAAACCAGCAGCGGAUCUCAGUGGUGUGGAAUGACGACUCUUCUUCCACCCUCACCAUCUACAAUGCCAACAUCGAUGAUGCAGGGAUCUACAAGUGUGUGGUCACUGGAGAAGAUGGCAGCGAGUCUGAGGCUACUGUCAACGUGAAGAUCUUCCAGAAGCUCAUGUUCAAGAAUGCACCAACCCCACAGGAGUUCAGGGAGGGAGAAGACGCCGUGAUUGUGUGUGAUGUGGUCAGCUCUCUCCCCCCAACUAUCAUCUGGAAACACAAAGGCCGAGAUGUCAUCCUGAAAAAAGAUGUCCGGUUCAUAGUCCUGUCCAACAACUACCUGCAGAUCCAGGGCAUCAAGAAAACAGAUGAGGGCACUUAUCGCUGUGAGGGCAGAAUCCUGGCAAGGGGGGAGAUCAACUUCAAGGACAUUCAGGUCAUUGUGAAUGUGCCACCCACUGUCCAGGCCAGGCAGAGCAUUGUGAAUGCCACCGCCAACCUGGGCCAGUCAGUCACCCUGGUGUGUGAUGCUGAAGGCUUCCCAGAGCCCACCAUGAGCUGGACAAAAGACGGGGAGCCAAUAGGAAAUGAGGAAGGUGAUGAGAAGUACAUCUUCAGUGACGACAGCUCUGAGCUGAUUAUCAGGAAAGUGGAUAAAAAUGACGAGGCUGAGUACGUCUGCAUUGCUGAGAACAAGGCUGGCGAACAGGAUGCAUCCAUCCACCUCAAAGUCUUUGCAAAACCCAAAAUCACCUAUGUAGAGAAUCAGACCGCCAUGGAACUGGAAGAACAAGUCACUCUCACCUGUGAAGCCUCAGGAGACCCCAUUCCCUCCAUUACCUGGAGAACUUCCACCCGAAACAUCAGCAGUGAAGAAAAGGCUUCGUGGACUCGACCAGAGAAGCAAGAGACGCUGGAUGGGCACAUGGUAGUGCGCAGCCAUGCCCGGGUGUCUUCCCUGACUCUGAAGAGCAUUCAGUACACAGACGCCGGCGAGUACAUCUGCACUGCCAGAAACACCAUUGGCCAGGAUUCCCAGUCCAUGUACCUUGAAGUGCAAUAUGCCCCCAAGCUACAGGGCCCUGUGGCUGUGUACACGUGGGAGGGGAACCAAGUGAACAUCACCUGCGAGGUAUUUGCCUACCCCAGUGCUACAAUCUCCUGGUUUCGAGACGGUCAGUUGCUGCCGAGCUCCAACUACAGCAAUAUCAAGAUCUACAACACCCCCUCUGCCAGCUACCUGGAGGUGACCCCAGACUCUGAAAAUGACUUUGGAAACUACAACUGUACUGCAGUCAACCGCAUUGGACAGGAGUCCUUGGAAUUCAUCCUUGUUCAAGCAGACACCCCAUCUUCACCAUCCAUUGACGGAGUGGAACCAUACUCCAGCACAGCACAGGUGCAGUUUAAUGAGCCAGAGGCCACAGGUGGAGUGCCUGUCCUUAAAUACAAGGCUGAGUGGAGAGCACUGGGUGAAGAAGUGUGGCAUUUCAAGUGGUAUGAUGCCAAAGAAGCCAACAUGGAGGGUGUCGUCACCAUCAUGGGCCUGAAGCCUGAGACAUCAUACGCUGUACGACUGGCAGCCCUCAACGGCAAGGGGCUGGGCGAGAUCAGCGCAGCCUCCGAGUUCAAGACACAGCCAGUCCGGGAACCCAGUGCACCAAAGCUGGAAGGGCAGAUGGGAGAGGAUGGGAACUCCAUUAAGGUGAACCUGAUCAAGCAAGAUGACGGCGGCUCCCCCAUCAGACACUACCUGGUCAAGUACCGAGCGAAGCUGUCCUCUGAGUGGAAACCAGAGAUCAGACUCCCAUCUAGCAGUGACCACGUCAUGCUCAAGUCCUUGGACUGGAAUGCCGAGUAUGAGGUCUAUGUGGUGGCUGAGAACCAGCAAGGAAAAUCCAAGGCAGCUCGUUUUGUGUUCAGGACCUCGGCCCAGCCCACGGCGAUUCCAGCCAAUGGCAGCCCCACUUCAGGCCUAAGCACUGGGGCCAUCGUAGGCAUCCUCAUUGUCAUCUUUGUCCUGCUCCUCGUGGUUGUGGACAUUACCUGCUACUUCCUGAACAAGUGUGGCCUGCUGAUGUGCAUCGCCGUCAACCUGUGUGGAAAAGCUGGGCCUGGAGCUAAGGGCAAGGAUAUGGAGGAGGGCAAGGCUGCUUUCUCGAAAGACGAGUCCAAGGAACCCAUCGUGGAAGUUCGAACUGAAGAGGAGCGAACCCCAAACCAUGACGGAGGAAAACACACAGAGCCCAAUGAGACCACGCCACUGACAGAGCCCGAGCUGCCUGCUGACACCACAGCCACUGUUGAGGACAUGCUGCCUUCUGUCACCACCGUCACCACUAACUCUGACACUAUCACCGAAACCUUUGCCACUGCUCAGAACAGCCCCACCAGUGAGACCACCACCCUGACCUCCAGUAUUGCCCAGCCGGCCACAGCCGCACUGGACUCAAAUUCUGUGCCCACUGGCCAGAUCACCCCUUCCAAGGGGCCCGGCAUUGCUGCCUCCUCCCCGUCCCCAGCCUCAGCCCCCAAGGUCGCCCCUCUUGUUGACCUGAGUGACACCCCAACCUCAGCCCCUGCCGCUAGCAAUUUGUCCUCUAGUGUCCUGGCCAAUCAAGGAGCUGUCCUUAGCCCAAGCACCCCUGGCAGUGUCGGGGAGGUCUCCAAGGCCCCUCCAACCAGCAAGCCAGCCCCUGCUCCGGCCCCUGCGCCAGCCCCUGCCCCAGCGGGGGCAGCCAGUCCCCUAGCAGCAGUGGCUGCCCCUGCCACAGAAGCCCCUCAGGCCAUGCAGGAGACCCCCAGCACCAAAGGUCCGGACCCGGAGCCUACCCAGCCCGGCGCUGCGAAGAACCCACCCGAGGCAGCCACAGCCUCUACUAGCCCGAAGAGCGAGGCUGCCUCCGUCAGCGCCACAAACCCUUCCCAGGGCGAGGACUUUAAAAUGGACGAAGGGAACUUCAAGACCCCAGAUAUUGACCUUGCAAAGGAUGUUUUUGCAGCCCUGGGCUCUCCUGCUCCCGCCGCUGGGGCCAGUGGACAAGCCCCUGAGCUUGAACCUUCCACUGCAGACACCUCUGUGCCACCAGCACCAGCAAAGACCGAGAAAGGCCCUGUAGAAGCAAAGUCGGAGUGCCAGGAGUCAGAAGCAAAGCCAGCGCCAGCUGAAGUCAAGACGGUCCCCAAUGAUGCCACACAAACAAAGGAGAAUGACAGCAAAGCCUGAUGAGAGCCAAGCAAAGAUGAAAAUAGUGACACAGCAGCUUCACCAGACCAUCUCCAAUACACACACACACACACACACACACACACACACACACACACACACGAUCUCAUUCCUCUAGUGUCUUUUGCCUUUAAAAAAAACUAAACAGAUAAACAUAGGACCUCCUUUUUGUAGGUUUAUAGAAAGGGCUCCUUUGUUGCGCAUUCACUUGUAAGAAAAUGAGACAAAAAGGUUAAAUCCACAGCCAAACUAGGACACUCCGUUCCCUGAAACCAUUUAAAAGUCAAACAAAAGGACCCCAAAUUAAAAAUCUAGGAAGCUCAGAAAAAGAAUUUAAAAAAAGAUCUAGGUUCAGGAAAACCACACUUGGUGUUACCCAAUUGGCACAGACCAGUUUCAGAGAAAUACUUCCAGGCACUAAGACUAACCGAAUGAACAAAGUCCACACUUUAUUUUUAUACUUUCAGUCAAGUUGGAACUCUGUAAAACCUCAUAAAUAAGUUAUAAUUUCUGUUCACUUUGUAUUUGUUCAGUACGCAAAGUGUGUCACCCUUUCUAGCUGAAUUCAGUUCCCACAUAGACUCUUGUUUUGUAGGAAGAAUGCAAAAUUGCAGCUUCUGGGGGUAGAUGUCAAUUUGCAGUAUUCAGAUUUCUUUUGCUUCCUUUUUCUUUCCUUGCUUUUUUCCUUUUUCUUAUUCUUCUUUUCUGCCAACUUUGUUUUCCAGUGUUUACAAGUUGACAAAUGUUUGACUUCAGUUGUGUUUAAAUGUCCAUGUAAAAUACUGCCUUUUUUUUUUUUUUCUAAGCAACAAAUACCGCCUAGAGGCAGGUAGGAACAUCACAGGCUUGCUUUAGCUUGGGGCACUGUUACAAAAGGUGAUUAUUUCUGAUGGCUCUUUCCCCUGCUCUGAUUUGAAGUUUUUGCCUGUGUCUAAUUCAGGUGAAAAAUCUGUCUCAUUAUAGAAUAGUUUUGCCUUUUGGUUUUCAGUUCCUUUGGUGUUUCUUUGGGGGUUAGACCACUUUUUGAUAAGCUGCCACCUGCCUGUGUCUGUGACAAAGGAACUGCCUCCCAGGUGUCCAAUGCCCUUCCUUCUGAAGGACUCCUUAGGCUUUGUUGAAUGAAGCAGAGAAGAUUGUAUAGUUGGGGCUGGUCUUGGUGAACACACAUUUUUACCCCAAACAUCCCCUUUUUGUAGAAAGCCAAAUAAUAUAUAUACAGACCAUUUCCUUUUGAGCCCAGAAUCUAGAUUUGAGUGGAAGAGCAUGUGUGCUUCAGGGAAUUAGUGUCUUUUUUUGGAAAUCUAUUGAAGUAAAGUAACACCAGUCUUCUGUUCACUUAGGCAGCAUUUGUAAAAAACAAAGAAAAACAAAUUUACUGUCUGGAGUCAUAACACAACUUUCCUGGAUUUGAAACCAAGUGGGGGGAGAAAAUACAGAAACUUUAAGGGGGAUGGGAGGGGGGAGAAGGGAAAAGCCAGCCCUUUGUAUAGAAAUUUUGCUUUUGUUUCUCAUUCUACUUUAGAACUGCAAGCUUGUGCACUGUGGAUGCGUGAAUAUUUUAGUGUGAAACGUGUUUUUGUCAUAGUAUUGAAAUAAAGCUUCAACAUAGUUUGGUUGUGGAAGGUAUAGCAGAUAGUUCAGAAAAAUAUUCAGGAAGCAAAAAUAAAUCUUAAAAGGAAUCGAAGCCUUUAAACAAAGAAAAUGAAAAACAGAUGAUGAAGAGGACAGUUAGGUCAAUAGCAAUUCUGUCCUCUGGCGCGUGUUCCUUUCCUAAGGUGCAAAGCAGCAAGAGGUUAGGGUGGCAAGACGGCCUCUGUAUCCACUCCGUGGGCCGCACUCCUCAAUGUUCUGACACGUCUGCAGUCUGGUCAAUGGCAAUGCUAGAUUAUAAUUUCAAACUGUGAAAAAUAAUGGUCUUGUCAUUUGCUAAAUGUGGGGUUAUUUUGCAUUUUAUCAGCUCCUGGGGAUGGAAAUGGAGGAUUCCAGAAUACACAGCCCUGGCCCCUGUGACUCUAGGGCCUGCACAGAUCUAUAGUUCAAAUGCACAGGCCCUCAGGAAGGAAGGUGAAGACAGCUCCUAGAGCACCCAGCAGAAUGGAAGAGUUGGGCACCUGAGGUAGGGAAGGCCCGGUGGUGAGGGACAGACCAAUAGGAUCAGGUCCUCAUAUUGUGAUGUCAGUGGCUUGACCUGCCAGGCCAAGGCCAGGCUGUGGCUCCUGGAAACUGCGUUUCACUCUACUGGUUGUGCUUAGGCAAAGUGAUUUUGGUUCCGAUGAUUAGGAAGAAACGGACGUAUUGCCAGCCCUCAGAUAACCUGGCCCAGGGCAGCUGACCCCUUAGAACCCUGGUCCCACCAUUAGCUGCAACCCAAGUCUGCCCACACUUAGGUCUGCCUUUUCAUGUUACACAUAUGUUCGUCUCAGCAUGCAUGAGCUUUCUUUUUUUCUU